ACUCUACGUCUAAGGUAUCAGUACAGUCCCUAAUUGUUUACGGAUCUCAAGUUUCUACUGGUAUGUAAAGUCUAUGCCGUUUCGAGCUACUCCUGUCAAUACCUCCCUCUUCGUCGGCGUCCUCAUUCUCGCAUUCUUCCCCAACCUAUUCAUCGCCCUUCUCCGCCUACCCCUCCUUCCCUUCUCUCCCUCCUUCUCGACCAGACCCUCUGAACCACACCCUCCAGAUACGACCGGUCCUCAAGAUUCUUGCGCGGCCACCUGUCCAUCCACCUCGACCAUGUCCUGGUCCCAGAAAACCUUCACGCUCCCUCCCAAAUCGCGGGGCUCCUACCUGGUCACCGACCAUGUCACCUCGAGUGUCCCGGAGAUAAAAAACUACAAAGUCGGGAUCCUACACCUGUUCAUCCAGCACACCAGCUGCGCAUUGAGCUUGAACGAGAACUGGGACGAGGAUGUGCGGGCAGAUAUGAGCGAUGCAUUGGAUCGGAUCGCGCCCGACGAUCGGAAAGGGAACCUAUAUAGACACUCGGCGGAAGGGUUAGAUGACAUGCCGGCACAUAUCAAGUCCGCUUUGAUCGGAUCGAGUGUUUCAAUACCGAUUACGGACGGUAAGCUGAACACAGGGACAUGGCAGGGGAUAUGGUAUCUCGAGUUCAGGACGUCGAGGCAUUCUCGGAAAGUUGUAGCGACCAUCCAGGGCGAAAAGAAAUAGGCCUGGAGGGUGCCGGCUCUGAACAACUGUCUAUCGUGGGUGAUUGUGUAUAACUUCUAUAUUCUACUAUAGAACACAUAACAAUCAGACAGGACUUAGACGACUUCCGCUGUCGUCGUGGCCCUGUCGUGGGGCCGGCAGGAAUGGAAGAUUUUUAGUACCUGUCACACAGGCUUUCGUGCUUGCUUGGAUGUUCAUUAGAUCCUGACUGAACUAGCUCCAUCA